AUGAGUAUUACAAAUAAAUCUCAAUUAAAUAAAAAAGAUAUUGAAGUUCUUGUUCAACAAAAUGAUCCAUCAAUAUCAUACACCAAACCUGAAGAAACUAGUACGAUGUCGAACUAUUGGUCUGAAUUCAGUCAAAUCUAUGUAAAUAAUCUCAAACAAAAUUUUAUUAUUUGUGAUAAUUGUAAAUCAAUACUUGUUUAUAAAUCGUCUACUGGAUCUGGAUGUAUGCAAGUUCUUUCUCGUUCUUGCCAAUCCAAAAAGGAAAAUUUUAAUCCAGUUAGUCAUCAACAAAAAAUUAACCAUUAUUACAAGUCAAAUGGAGAAAAAAAGAUACCAAAACAAGUAAAAAAUGCCAUGACGUCUUGUUAUAUUGAAUUUGUGGUUCAAGAUGGUCGAGCUUUUCGUUUAGGACAAGAUGAAGGUUUUAUUUCUUUGGCCAAACAAUUGUUUAAUGCUGGUAGAGUUAUGUCAUCAUCAAGUCAUAUAGCAGUUGAAGAACUUUUACCGGAUCCAACUACGGUUAGUAGGUAUAUUGAUCGAAUGCAUGCUCAUCAAAGAAAACAAUUAAUAAAAAUAUGUCAAUCUAUGGAUAGUUAUUGCAUCGUUGUGGAUUUUUGGUCUGAAUCUUACACCGAUAAUACACUGAUGUAUAACAUGAAUAUAUUUGCUUUUUUUCGAAAAGGUAUAUCAUAUUGUGGUUUAUUACUUAAUCAUGUUAAUACAAAAUAUCAAUUAGAAACAUAUUUACUUGGUUGUCAUCCAUAUGGCAUGGAAAAUAAACGAGCACCAACAGUUCGAGCUUAUAUUGACGAAAUAUUAAAUGAUUUUGGUCUAAAGUUGGACAAAGACAAAUUCGUUAUGACUGACAAUGAACCAUUGAUGAAAUGCAUUUUUAGUUUAAAUUGUACAAGAAUAGGCUGUAGUAGUCAUUACGUCAACAAACAGUUGCAGCAUGCUUUCACUUCAACGGAAAUUGAUAAAGAACCAGUUAAUUGCGAAUUAGCACAAAAUAUGUUUAAUGAUACAAAACAUAUUGUUGCAACAGUGCGACGUAUGCAUAAACAACAGAAUGGUGCUUAUGAAAUUUUAAUUGUAUUUAAUGAAGUUUUUAAUGAAUUAGCUAAUAUUCUUGAUUCACGAUUAUUAUUAACAUAUGCGACAAUUGAUAAAAAUCUUUUAGAUGAUAUUUGUGAAUUCUUAUCUACAUUUGAUACUGCUUUUGAAAUUUUAAGUGACAGUAAACGAUCAACACUUCAUCGUGUUUUACCAUUGAAACAGCUAUUGAUUAACAAAUGUUGUAUUAAUGGUGAUGAAUUAGAAGGUUUAAAACAAGUAAACGAUUAG